UUUCAUUGUUACCUUGUUGGGUGUUUCUCUGACGAAACUUUACCUCCAAGUUGUUGCUUUCUUUCGCUUUGCCUUGCCUUGCUGUUUUGCUUUGUUGCUGUUUUGCGUUGAGAUACUUGGCUUUGUGUUCGGUGUUUUGUCACAAUGGAUGGGUUGUCUUGAUGUUGCGGUUCUUGUUUGGCCUGAGUUAGAGACUGACAUUUUGAUCUCUGCUCUUCUUUUUCUGAUGCCAUUGUGAUCAUAAUCGGUCAAAUUGUCUCCAAGAUACUCAAUUGUAUUUGUUGCAACGGUAAGAUUGUUGUUUGGCUUGAGUUGUUCUAAUGUCUUAGCUCGUCUGAUCGAAAGCUAGUGCCUUGAGGGGUUUCCCUUCAUCGGCGGAUGAAUAUCAAGUCGUUAUUCAUGCGUCUAAUCGAUUGAUACCACCACUUAUGCAUCUUUACAGAAAGAUUCAUGGGUCGGAUUUUGUUUUUGGGUGGCCGGUUUCACCAUUUUCACUAUCCAGUUCAUUGCCAUUGGUGUUGAUUCUUAGCCGGGGUUAAAGCAUAUAGCCCAGAUGCAGGGAGAGAGAGCCAGUCUCGGCUCUUUAUCAGAGUCCUUGAACUUUGAGCACGGUUCUACUACGUCAAGUAAUGCUGUGGUAGAUCAGCAGAUCCGUUGGGAGGAUAUUCGCAGUCUUGGUGAUAAUGACUUGCAGGAUUAUAUGAUUUCAUCUGCCGACACAAAUACUGCAUUUGCCAACUCAGUUUAUCAUGGGCAACAGGAUUUGCACAGAUUCAACCUUGGAGAGGCUAGCUCUAGCGGCACGGAGAAUGAAGUUGCCAGUCAGGUUGAGCAGAGACCGGAACUUGAAUGCUUCGAGGAACGAAGACAUGAGAGUAAUGAUUUGAACCCACUAUUUGUGCAAUCUUCUAGUUCUAGUCGAGGUCCUCAGAAUGUCAACCUGAAUGCAGAAUUCGUCGAACAUCCUGGGGAUAUGGCUCAGGUCAUGGGUCAUCCAAGUUUAUUCGAUACUAAUGGAGCUGGGAGCAGGUUUUUAUCACCGGGCAUGGGUUUUGAAGAGAGUAGUAGUAGAGCAGGUUCUUCCCUUGAGGGUCGUCGUGUUUCCUGCAAAAGAAAAACCCUCGAAGGCAGCAUUGGUCAGUCCUCUUCAAGCGGAUGUUUUCGCGCUUUCCAGCGUGGAGAAAGCAGUUCUUGGACCACAGCUCCGACAUUUUAUAGCCCAGGAAGUGGUUUGAACAUAUCUGGUUCUCUUGACCAACAUCCAAGAGGAUUGGUCUCUGGCAUUGUUCCGAACAUUCCUGUUCCUGCAAUUGCAGAGCGCUCCAGUAGAAGAUUGUGUAUCAGGGUUACUCCCUCGGGUCAACAAGAAAUUGUAAACCCAGCUGUCUUUUCUGCAGGAAGUGUUGUCAGGCGACCUGUUGCUCCGUCCAUGUCAAUUUCAUCAAGACUUCUGCCCGUGGAUCAACAACAUCUUUAUGGCUUGACACAUGGACAUGCUUUAGGCAGUGUGGUUUCUCAGAGCCCGAAUGCUGCUGCUCCUCGGAUGCCCCCCAAUUCAAGAAACAUGUUACCACCGUUCCGAUGGAGUGGAGGCUCUGUGCCGGGUGCAUCAUCUAGUUCGGUUGCGCCCAUUGACAGAAAUGUGAUUCAGCGAGAUGAAUCCAGGUCAAGAAGCAUAUCGAGAAAUAUUCUAGGGAAUCCCUUGUUUGUUCCAGCAACUGAGCCGAGAAAUCUGGCCCGUAGUCACGUGAAUAGAAAUGUCACUACUGGAAAUCCGAACAUUCCUGGAAACAUUGUGUCAUCUUCGUCCAGUACAGGCGCAAGUGCAGGUGGUCAACCGUUGUCUCGGUCUAAUCCCGCAUGGAAUCCUCCUUACCCAAGUAAUUCUCCACAAUAUCAAAGAAGAUUUUCUGGACUUGUCCGAAGGACGUUGCUAUCUUCCGUUGCUGGGGAUGGUUCGAGUCAGAGAGCUGGUGAUGAUCCAACACUUCGUUCUCUAGUUCCCCCUGCUUCUCCCGAUGAUCCUCUGCGCCAAUCUGGAGGUGAUAAUAGCAUUAGCCAGGCACAUAAUCGUGGAUACCCGAGACAAGGUGAUGGAGCGAUCGGGAUCCCCCAUACCUUGCGAUUCUUGGCAUCCACAAGUCGAGGAAGAAACAGAUUUAUGACUUCCGAGAUACUCAAUGCCUUGGAUAUCGUGCGUAGGGGGGAUACCUUGCGGUACGAGGAUUUUAUGCUUCUUGAUCAGUCAGUGCCUUUAAGGGCGGCCGAUAGUCAUGACCGACACAGAGACAUGAGACUUGAUGUUGACAACAUGUCGUACGAGGAGCUGUUGGCACUUGAAGAGCGGAUCGGGGAUGUUUGUACCGGCCUGAGCGAGGAAACCAUAUCAAACCGGCUGAAGCGGCAGAAGUUCAAGAGCAGCAGCAGCAGCAGCAGCAGAUUGUCUCAGGAAACAGAACCAUGUUGUGUUUGCCAGGAGGAAUACAAGGAAGGAGAAGAUGUGGGGACGCUGGAGUGUGGCCAUUGUUUCCACAGCGAAUGCAUCAAAGAAUGGCUGAAAAUGAAAAACAUCUGCCCGAUUUGCAAAACCACCGGCUUGAAGAACACAUCGGGCAAACGGACAGGAUGAUCAGAAGCCACUCAACGCAGUGGCUGCGGAUUUUCCAUUGUCAGAGCUUACCAUUCAUUUAAAAACCAGAAGAAAAUGAGGACCCUUGUCGGUGAAUUGACUGUGUUAACACCCCUUUUUUUCCCCUCUUCAAAUUCAUUCUAUUUCCAUUGCAGAGAUUCACCAGGAACACAAGAGGCAAAGUCUGUUCUGUUUUUUUUUUUGUUCUCAUUGUUUUUCGGUUUGGGUUUGAAGAUGAUUGGAUUAUGGGUUGUCGGAAAGAUUCGAUUUUGAUGGAAAGAUUGAGAGAGAUGAGGGGAAGGGAGAAUUGGGUUCUUCUUGGAUAAUUUAAUUGGAUUGGCCAUGGUAAUUUUUUUUAA